ACCAUGCUAAGUAUGGCAGCUGUAAGUUACUGGUCACGCUGCAUUACUUGGCUCGCUCUCUGUGAUAUAUUUUAGUCCGCAUGCAGUGUAAGGCAUUAUAUACUUUCUACUGUAGUUAAAGUUCUAGAAUUUUUCGAGCGCAAUGGCAGCCAGAUUAAAAGAGGACGAACGACGGCGAAAAUAUCAACAUUACGCCGAUUCUUCGCCCCUAAAGACUUCGAUAAGCGAGGAACAAAUUAGGAAGUUGGUCGAUGGGAAAUUUUCUGAGCAAAAGACCAGGGUAUACACACAAAACAGAGGAAGAAGUUUUAUCUUGGACGGAGUGCGUGAGCAUGUUCAUAAAAGUAAUGUUGUGCCAUCGUAUAACGCAUUUAACGACCGCCACGCACAAACCUAUUUCAGACAACCAGCCGUGCAGGAUAUGCUUAAACGGGCAGCGGCCACUGGAACAGGUCAGCUCAUACCAGCAUUCCAAACAUUUAAGUUGUCAAAAAGGAACAGACUUCCCGUAACCCCCGGUGUGGACGAAAGAGUAAAACGAGAAAGAAAAUUUGUCGUGGACUCGAUCCGAGUAGACAGUUUAAAAUCUCGGAGAUAUCCUGUCAUACCGAAAUACAAUGCCCUUGAUGAUAUCCACGCAAAGACUUAUUUCAAAAAGAAAAGCGUUCGGAAUUUGUUGUUGCGAACGUGUGACUUGAAAAUAUAAGUUACGGUCAAAAACCUAAACAAAACGCAUAUAGGACACUAGUUUAUUGUGACUAUGAACAAUAUGUAACCUAUAUACGCAAAGUUGACGCAUGUGUUAUUGUUAUGUAAUAUAUUUUAAUAUGUAAUAAACGCUACGCGCUGA